AUGCUUCGUCGGAUUAAUCAGAUCGCAGUGUGUUUACGCUCAAACUAUGGCACGCUGGUGAAUAGCUCUGAUGGCCAAUUAGUGCAACAUGUCCCCGUACUUUGUGAGCAAGCAGUUACUUAUCUCAACCCGGCGCCUAAAAAAAUUUUCAUCGACAUGACAUUCGGUGCCGGUGGACAUACCAGACAGUUAUUAGAAAAGCAUGACGACAUAAAGGUGUUUGCACUUGACCGCGAUCCCAUUGCCUAUGAAUUAGCUCGUAGUAUAAGUGAAGAAUAUCCAAAUAGACUAAUACCGUUGCUGGGCAAAUUUUCUGAAUUGCCGAGGCUUUUAAAAGAACUCGAUGUGAAAAAAUAUUCGAUAGACGGGAUUCUAUUUGAUUUUGGUUGCUCAUCAAUGCAGUUUGAUGAAGCGGAACGCGGCUUUUCCAUUUCUAAAAACGGCCCGUUGGAUAUGCGCAUGGAUUACGGCCGCAAUAGUGAACAAAUAACAGCUGCAGAUGUUAUCGCUCGUGCCGAAGAAGCCGACUUAGUGAAGAUUCUUCGCGUGUACGGCGAAGAGAAAGGGGCGAAGAAAAUCGCGCGUGCAAUCGUGGAGGCACGUUCGGCAUUUUAUAGAAUUGAAACUACUAAGCAGCUGUCGGAUUUGGUAGCCUCAUGUCUGCAAGACACAUACCGAUUGGACAAAAUUCAGCGACCUACACAUGUGGCCACGAAGACAUUCCAGGCGCUGCGCAUAUUUGUUAACAACGAGUUGAACGAGAUCAAUUACGGCAUGAUAUUAGCGAAUGAAUACUUGCGGCAUGAAGGCCGACUAGUGGCCAUAACGUUCCACUCACUGGAAGACACCAUUGUCAAACGUCACAUAAACGGCAAUGUAAUUGAGGGGAUUGCUAAUCCCGUACCGCUAAAAUAUUGCGGGCACGAUGUAACGCAUGACAAAGAAUUGAUUGAUACGUUUGUGGGAUCGAGUUGGAAACAGCUGCACAAACACGUGAUUACGCCCAGUGAGGCGGAAAUUGCCAGAAAUAGCCGUAGCCGUUCUGCUAAACUUCGAGCUGCAAUCAAAGUAAAAUGAAAAGUACUCAUCAGUCCUGGGUAUGAAGUUUUAGUUGUAAGUUUUUUGUAAAAAUAAUAUAUUUUAGCAUUUUUAAAAUAUGAAUUAUGAUAAUUAAAAACUAAAAAUCUAAAAACAAAACUGUCCUGCUUUUGCGAACAUUUAUAUAAACGGAAACUAUUUAUUUUAAAUCUUUCGAAGUGAGGAUAAGUUCUACGAAUAAUAGAUCCCACUGCGGUAUAUCGAUAACAUUUUGUUAAAAACAAACCCCCCAUUGUUGUUAUUUAUUUGAGAAUAAAAAGGCUUGUUUUUAACUA